AUGAUCAAUAAGAAAAAGAGUAAUAUAGAUUGCUUCCAGAUUCUUCAUACAAUCUCUGUCUCUGCGUUUCUUCUUUCUUCUUCUGUUUCUGCUUGUGUGAAUUCACAAACUCAAUAUGGUAUCAGAGCAGUGAUCAAGGGAUUUCUGAAGAGUACAGAGGUAGAAGAUAAUCCCCAGUCGAAUCACAACCAUCCACUUCAUCUUCAAGCAUCAGACAUACCUGGUGUUGCCUUGAUUCCUAUGAAGCUCACAGGACCAGAGAAUUAUGGUGUAUGGAGCAGAUCUAUGCGAUUAGCAUUACUAGUAAAAAACAAACUUGGAUUUGUUGAUGGCACAUGCGUUAAGAGCUCGUACAAGGGAGAUCUGGCAGUUAGAUGGGAAAGAUGUGAUGCAGUUGUGUUAUCCUGGAUAAGUGCAGCAGUUGCACCAGAGUUAAUGACUAGCAUAGUAUAUGCUUCUAGUUCGAAGAAGAUCUGGAAUGACUUCAGGGAAAGGUUUGAUAAAUCCAAUUUGACAAGGAUUUUUCACCUAUGGAAAGAGAUUAGUGUAUUGUCACAAGGAACUGAUUCUGUAACAGCUUAUUAUUCCAAAAUGAGAGAUCUAUGGGAUGAGAUGGAUGUAAUGGUGCCUUCUCCGUCUUGUGAUUGUGUUGAAUCAAGCUCACAUGCUGAACAUGUCAAACAGCAAAGGUUAUUGUAA